AUGUCAGCACCUGUACGUUACGAGUAUCUCAUUUCGAAGUACGGUGAUAUUGCAUUCUCUGUUACUGUUGGCACAUUAGCAUACUUUCUAAAUGAGCGAUCUGAUCCACGCACACAAAAUGGAAAGACAUUAAAGGAUCUCGUCUUGCGAGCAAGACAAAGACAAAUACAAGAAAGAGAAGCAGCUAGACGAUCAUAG